AUGGGGUCUAUGCUACCAAAGCCGAUUCUAAGCAAGGUCGUUGACCGAGCUGGUAGCAACUACAUUGGCACCACUUGCGUUUCCGUAAAUGGCUAUCGCACCAGCAUGGAGGAUGCACAUGUGAUGAUUGUAGAAAAUGAGAUGAGUCUCCUCGGUGUCUUUGACGGCCACAACGGCAGUGGCUGCAGUGAGUACAUCGCCUCACACCUUCCAGGUAAAGUUAAGGCUCUCAACGGCAACUAUGGCCCAACAGAGAUGGAACACGUCUGUGUUUCUCUCGAUCGGGAGUUUGCAAAUGAAGUUGGCGACUCAAGCGGAUCCACUGGUACUUUUUGUAUUAUUACGCGCGACUACAACGUCACUGUCUGCAAUGUAGGCGACUCCCGAACUCUUAUCGCACGUGAUGGCCGCAUUAUCUUCGCAACAGAAGAUCACAAACCAACCAAUCUUGACGAGCGUGAGCGGAUUGAGGCGAGUGGCGGGUGUGUAGUUAGCAACCGCGUUGACGGCGACUUGGCGGUCUCACGCUCCUUUGGCGACACUUCCUUUAAGCACCGCGAUGUUGGGGAGGACUACAAAAACCAAAAAGUCAUUGCUGUUCCAGAUGUGAACAAAGUUGCCUGUCGGGCGGGGGAUGUUGUCAUUCUCGCAUGCGAUGGUGUGUUUGAGGGUUCUUUCUCCAACGAAGAGGUGGUGGGCUUUGUGCACCAACACCUGGCGAAGUGCACGGACUUGGCGGUGGUGGCGGCCCGCGUGUGCGAUGAGGCCAUUCGCCGCGGCAGCAAAGACAACAUCUCGUGCCUCAUCGCUCGGCUCAGCGACGGCACUUCCGCCGCGCGGGCAUUCGGCGCCCACUCAUUCCUGCCGGGCCCGCCGUUCCCCCGCACACACGAGGCCUCCCGCGUGGCCUACACGGCCAUGGCGCAGUUAGCGAAGAUGAGCACCGCAGAGGCCCUCAGCGCCCGCUACGCAUUACUGAUGGCUUACGAGCGAAAAACCCUAACGAACAAGUCACCGCUAGAACAGACAGCAUUUGAGAUGAGUGAUGAGACCGAUAUUGAGACGGAGAAGAGUUUCUUUGGCAGAGGACCCGCACCAGGGAAUGAGGCCGCAUUUUUUCAGUCCCUAGCGGAUAACGGAGGUAAAUAG